AUGUCGAGUCUGCGUCCGGGAUCUAAUAGUCAUACUGGCCUCAACUUCCCUCAGGCCAGUAUUCGCCGCAAUCCAUAUCCUCCUCCCCACCCGGGUCAACAGAAUAAACAAUCGCCCGCGCCUCAUUCCGCGUCUCCGUAUCAGACACAGGCAUAUCAGCCUCAGCAGCCGCCUACCGGAUACCAUCAGCAUCUAUUUUCAAACCCCACGCAUGUGAACGGCAGUCUUUCCAAUGGCUCCUCACGCUCGUCAACCUCGCACAUGUCCAAUGCGGUGCCCAGCCCGCUCGACGUGUCUAACCCUCGAGGCCUACCGCAGUCACGUUCUCAGAUGAUGUUCCCUACCUUGGGACAGGUCGUACCUAACCAGCUCCAUCAUCCUCAGCAGCAACAGCAGAUGCAUCCACAGCACUUGAGUCAUGCUUCUCAUCCCCUCAACCAGCCUCGGCAAACCCUCCAUCAGCAUCAUGCCCAGCAAUCUCCCCAGCAGCGGCCUCAAUCCCAACAAGCUCAGCCAACGCCAAAGCUUGGCCAAGUUCAGGUUAAGCCUCAAGCUCCAUCGCCCCCCCUACCUCAGCAGUCGAGCCAACAACAGGCCCAGUCACAUCAACAGCUCCAGCAGCAACUUCAGCAGCAACAACAGCAACAUCACCUGCAACAACAGCAGCAGUUGCAGCAGCAACAACAGCAGCAGCAACUUCAGCAGCAACAGCAACAGCAGCAGCUGCAGCAACAACAGCAACAGCAUCAUCAACAGCAAGUUCACCCACAGCAGCAGCAGCAUCAACAACAGCAGGCACAACAUCAGCAGCAACAGGCUCAAUUACAUCCUCAGCAGCAACAGCAGCAGCAGCAGCAGCUUCGUACCCCUCAACAAGAGCAACAGCAACUCCAGCACACACAGCAGCAUGAACAGCCAAGGGCUCAGCCACAUCAGCAGCCAGCGCCUCGCCAACAAAAACAGCAGAAGCAGCGUGAUCAACAAAGAGAGCAGCAGAGGGAUCAACAAGCCCAACAGCAGCAGCUCCAGCAACAACAACAGCUCCAGCAGCAGCAGCAAGCUCAGCAGCAAGCUCAGCAACAAGCUCAGCAACAAGCUCAGCAACAAGCUCAGCAGCAGGCCCAACAGCAGGCACAGCAGCAGGCCCAGCAGCAGGCACAGCAGCAGGCACAGCAGCAGGCACAACAACAAGCUCAGCAGCAAGCUCAGCAACAGCCAAAGCAACAGCCUGCUCCUGCAGAGCCAGUCCAGCAGCAAGCGCAGCCACAGCCACAGCAGCAGAAACCAGACGCCGCCGGGGAAGAAUCGAUGGAUAUCGACAGUCAUGCCAAUGGCGAGGAGACUGGUGGUCUGGAUAUGAAACUGCUUGCCGACCCUAAUUACAUUCCCACACAGCCAUUGGGCGAGAUGAUGUCUCCGCCCCCAGAGGGCGGGAGUUAUCCAACCCUCGAAGCUGUGCAAAAGGCUGUUCUUCGAUACUGCACUUCUGUCGGUUAUGCUAUUGUCAUUGGCCGUUCCAAAAAGACCGUGCCCGGACUGAAGAAGGUCCUUUUCGUUUGCGAUCGCGCUGGUAAGCCACCAAGCCGUGUCAGUCCUGAGUGCCGAAAACGCAAGACUUCCUCGCGAAAGUGCGACUGUCCAUUCGGCUUCUUUGCUAUCGAGCAACGAACUCAGUGGACAAUUCGAUAUCGCCCAGACCCUUCUCAUCUUCAGCAUAACCAUGGACCAAGCGAGAGUCCAUCGCACCACCCAGCUGCUCGCAAGCUUGAUAGUAAAAUGGUCGCUGCUGUUAAGCAACUCAAGGAAAACGGCGCUGGCGUCUCGGAGACGCUGCAGAUACUGCAGACCGAGAACCCGGACUGUCACCUCCUGCCACGUGAUAUAUACAACGCUCGCGCGGCUAUCAACCGCAACCCUCAAAAGGUUGCUACAGGCCUUGCCGAGAAUAGGCCAGCCAUAUACAGCAAACCUCAUCAGUCUCCCGAAGACCGCAUACGCGCAGAGUUGAGGCGAGAAAUUGCCAAGGCUCGCGAAGAUAUGCAGAAAAUGGAAGAAGAAAAGGACAAAGAGAUCAGUGAACUAAAAGAGAAGCUUGUGGAGAAAGACGGCAUUAUCAAGAAGUUUGAGGAGUUCAUCGACAUUUGUAACGAGCGGGUUAUGUUUCAACGUCAGCGGCUCGCGGGAAGCAACAGCAAUGGGGCGAGCCAGCCUCAAGCCUAA